CGCUACUCCCCUCGCACAUGCUCAGUGGAAUCUGCGACCACAGGCCACUUUUUUUCUCCCCACUACUUUUCCCCAUGUACCGCUAAAAGCAGUGUAGACGCUGGACGUGCCCUAGCGACGGCCGCUGAAAUGGAGCUUGUCGGAGUGACGGAGUCUAGUUUGUGUUUUCGUUCACAAUGCACUUUAGUACCUCAAUAAGAUGUCUGUGUGUUUCGAAAUCAUCCCUUUUUUCCUCGCCUUCAACGUUUACCAUUUCGCACAUGCCCAAGACUCCUCCUGCUGUCACCACGCGGUGGACCUGUCGACAUGUAGGGAGGCCUGCGACCAGCUUUCCACCAUCAAGAGCGAGUCGCGCCUGAAGCACCUGCUGCAGCGGCUGCCCAGCUAUUGCCCGGAAUCUAUGAAUGAACUCUGGACCUGCAUCAAUUCCACUUUACCGGGUGCUUCUCGAAGGUCGGAGGGGUGGGUGGGGCUCGGGUGCUGCGAGCUGGCCAUUUCCACCGACUGCAGACGCGACUGUGGGCAGGCAUCUUCCAAGAAUGACAUCACCAAAGUUUGCAAGAAGGACUCUGAGAAACCCCUCUACAGCUGCAUCACCAAAAACGAGAUGGGGUCGGUGUGCUGCAGUUACGCAGGCAGACACACGACCUGCCGGGAGUACUGCCAGGCCAUCUUCCGCACGGACUCCUCCCCCACGCUGUCUCAGAUCAACGCCGUCAACGACUACUGCCAGGGCGUCGACCCCCAGCUGACCGCCUGCAUGGGGAACUACACCAAGUCCUACCCGAGCAAGAGCCCCAUUGACAGCCUGCACUGCUGCGACCGCGCGGAGGACACGCACUGCCAGACGGCCUGCCGGCGCAUCCUGCUCACCAUGACGACGGAGCAGGAGAUCAUCGAGGGGCUGAUCAAGGAGUGCGACCGCAUGCCCCUGCCCCAGGACCCCCUCUGGCAGUGUUUCCUGGGCAACGCCCAGUCCCUGCCCAACCCCGACCCCGACACCCCCCCGACCGCCAAGAUGGACUGCGCCAAGCUGCACUGCUGUGCCAAAGCCAAUACCUCACUGUGCAGGGAGAUGUGUCAGCAGAGCAGCACGGACUGGGGGGCCCAGACGUGGCAGGAGUUCGACCAGCUGUGCGAGUACAACCCCGUGGAGGCCGACCUGGUCACCUGCCUGGCCGACGUCCGGGAGCCCUGCCAGCUCGGCUGCAAGGACCUCAGCUACUGCACCAACUUCAACAACCGGCCCACAGAGCUCUUCCGGAGCUGUAAUGCACAGUCAGACCAGGGUGCCCUGAGUGACAUCAAGCUGUGGGAGAAAGGGAGCAUCAGGAUGCCCUUCAUGAGCAUCCCGGUGCUGGACAUCACCAAGUGCCGGCCCGACAUGUGGAAGGCUGUGGCCUGCGCCCUGCAGAUCAAGCCCUGCUACAGCAAGUCCCGCGGCAGCAUCAUCUGCAAGUCAGACUGCGUGGACAUUUUGACCCAGUGCGGGGACCACGCCAAGUUCUACGAGGGUCAGACGCCGGAGAGCAUCUGCGACAUGCUGUCCCCCACCGACGACCCUGAACGCUGCAUCCCCCUGGAGAGAUACCUCAGCCCCAGCCCCGUGGGCGACGCCUUCGAGGAGGUGAUCCACCCCUGCAACCCCAACCCCUGUCCCAGCAACCACCUGUGCGAGGUCAACAGGAAGGGCUGUCUCCCCGACCAGGACUGCCUCCCCUUCUUCUGCGUUCCAGGCUGCAAGCUCGGCGAGGCCUCGGAGUUCCUGGUCAACGUGGAGUCGCUGGUCCAGGUGCCCACGCGGAGCGGGCCGCCGGGCUGCUACGAGGUGUGCGCCUGCGGGCACAGCGGGCGUCUGGAGGGGUGCGUGGAGACGCCCUGCGCCGACACCGCCAGGGCCUGCGUCGUCGGGGACCAGAGGAAGAGUCACGGAUCCUCCUUCAGGCUGGACUGCCACCCCUGCUCCUGUUUCGGCGGGGAGGUCUUCUGCUCCUUGCGCGCCUGCCUCACCCCCCUCCACUCCGAGGAGGACCGCAGCCGAUUCACAGGGCUGCCGUGCGAAUGCCCGGACCGCUUCGUGCCCGUCUGCGCCCAGGACGGGCGCACGUACCCCAGCGCCUGCGUGGCCCGCUGCGUGGGCCUGCAGGACAACCAGUUCGAGUUCGGCACCUGCCGAAACACCGACCCCUGCUCCCCCAACCCCUGCCAGAGGAACCAGAGGUGCUUGCCGAAUCGGAAGGUGUGCCUCUCGAGCGUGGGCGACUACCCGUGCCUGCAGUACGAGUGCGUGGGCAGGUCCUACGGCUGCGACAAGACCCAGCUGGACCCCGUGUGCGACACCGCCAACGUGGAGCACCCCAACUUCUGCCUGCUGCACCAAAGGGGGAAGACCCUGUCCUACACGGGGCACUGCCAGGACGCCUGCAGGAAGGCCAGCCCCGUGUGCGGGCACAACGGGGAGACGUACCGCACGGUGUGUGAGGCGUACUCGGACCGCGUCGCCGUGGACUACCCGGGGCGGUGCCACGCCGUGGGCGUGGUGUCCGAGUUCGGGUCCGAGUCCGGCUGCGACUCGGUCCGCUGCCCCCCCCUCUCCACCGAGGGGUGUCAGCCGGUCACUCCUCCCGGAGCCUGCUGUCCCCUCUGUGCUGGAAUGCUGCGGAUUCUCUGGAAUAAAAAGCAGAUGAACAUCUUUGCUGAGCUGGACCAGGGCCGGCCCGUGACGGUGCGGGACGUCCUGCGCGUGCUCCGGCUCCACGUCUCCGUGCCCCAGUGCGACGUCUUCGGCUACCUGAGCAUCGACGCGGAGCUGGUGGUCCUCGUCGUCCCGGUGGAGCAGCGGCCCACGCCCCUGCAGAUCGAGGCGUGCAACAAGGAGGCGGAGAAGAUCGACUCGCUCAUCAACUACGGCAGCCCCACGCUGGUGUCCCGCGUGCCCAUGUCCGCCUGCACCCUGUCCGAAGUGAGGACCUCGGCCCUCAGCUCGACGGGACGGCCCUCGCGGGGGUCCCCCGCCCCCCUCCUCCUGCUGCUCUCCCUCGCCCUCGCGCUGGCCGUCGCCCCGGGAGACGUCUAGCCCCACCCCCACUAACUCUAACCCCACCC